AUGGCUUCAACAAUCAUCAAUGGCACACUGCAAGAGAAUUCACGGACGCUGGCGCCCACUUCAGUCGGUUCUCAGGUCCUUCUUAUGAGUGUUGUAUCGGUCGUGACAAUUCUCCUAUUCAAUAUCCUUCGUCCCAAAAACAAGAUUAUCUAUGAACCCAAAGUCAAAUAUCAUGAAGGCGCUAAGCCCCCUCCGCGCAUAUCAGACUCAUUAUUUGGCUGGCUACCGCCUCUAAUACAUACAAAAGAGCCAGAGCUGCUCGACAAAAUUGGUCUCGAUGCUGUCGCAUUUCUCCGCUUCCUCCGCCUAUUACGGUGGCUUUUUACUGCCAUUACCAUUCUCACCUGUGGAAUCCUCCUUCCAAUCAACGUCGUCUACAACCUCAGAAAUGUGAAAAGCACCAAACGAGACAUUCUCAGCAUGCUCACGAUCCGGGAUGUUUCUGGAACUUUCCUCUACGCUCACAUCGUCGUCACCUACCUCAUCACGUUUCUGAUCAUUGGUUUUGUUGAUGUCCAUUGGAAGGCUAUAAUUCAUCUUCGACACACCUGGUUCCGCUCUCCGGAAUACCUUCAGUCCUUUUAUGCUCGCACUUUGCAAGUCCGCCGCGUACCCAAGAAGCUCCAGAGCGAUGAGGGCCUCACUGCCAUAUUCCAGUCAGUAAAAGUCCCAUAUCCAACGACGAGCGUGCACAUCGGCAGAAAGGUCGGAAAACUUCCCGAGUUGAUUGAAUAUCACAAUCAGACUGUUCGAGAAUUCGAGGAGAUAUUGGUCAAAUAUUUGAAGGGUGGGAAAAUCAAGGCAAAGAGACCUACCAUCAGAACUGGUGCAACGUGUGGUAUUGGAGGGGUGAAGAGGGAUGCUAUCGACUUCUACACUGCCAAGCUUCAACGAACGGAAGCUGCCAUCGAAGAAUACCGCAAUCAAAUUGACACUCGCAAAGCCGAAAACUAUGGAUUUGCAAGCAUGGCUGCCGUUCCAUAUGCUCACGUUGUGGCUCAGAUGAUUGCUGGAAAACAUCCCAAAGGAACUCAAAUCACACUGGCUCCCAAUCCAAAGGACAUUAUCUGGAAUAAUAUGAACAAAACCGAUGUCGAGCUUGCUCGAAAUCGUACAAUUGGAUUUGCUUGGCUCGUUGCUGUCUGCUUCUUUAAUACUGUCCCCCUUUUGAUCAUAUCUGUUCUUGCCAAUCUGGAUUCGAUGAGGGCGUACGUAAGUUUCCUUGAACAAUGGUUUGAAUCAUCGCCAUUGUCAUUUGCUUUCAUUUCUGGUGUGCUUCCACCAGCCAUUUCCGGUCUCUUUGGUUUUUUCCUCCCCAUUAUCAUGCGUUGGUUGACAAAGUUCAUGGGUGCUCUCACCCAUUCGAAACUAGAUCGCGCUGUCGUCGCUCGAUACUUCUCGUUCCUAAUUAUCUCUCAGUUGAUCAUCUUCACGUUGCUCGGUGUUAUCUUCCAAUCUGUGACCCAGAUCAUCAAACAGAUUGGAAAAUCAAGUUUCAAAGAGAUCAUAGAUAAUCUCCAUGAAUUACCCGCAACUAUCCAUAGCACUUACAUCAAUCAAUCGUCAUACUGGCUCACCUUCUUCCCUCUUCGUGGUUUCCUUGCGAUCUUCGAUCUUGCCCAAAUCAUCAAUUUGGUGUGGCUUUCCUUCAAAACCCAUGUGUUUGGUCGCACACCUCGAGAUAUCCGAGAGUGGACUCAACCACCAGAAUUUCAAUAUGCUGUCUAUUAUUCAAACAUUCUUUUUAUGGGUGCUGUUGGCUUUGUUUUCGCGCCAUUGGCUCCCUUGGUUCCAUUGGCCGCAGCGAUUGUAUUUUGGAUGAACUCUUGGGUGUACAAAUACCAGUUAAUGUUCGUGUAUGUCUCAAAGGUUGAGAGUGGAGGGUUCCGUUACUUUACCCCCACCCAGGAGGAAAUCAAUCUCGCCAAGGUGUAUUCUGAACGCGCUGAUGCCAAAGGUAACAAACUACAGAAACGUUUUGGCCACCCUGCCCUGCACGCCGAGCUAUUCACGCCCAUGCUGCACAAGAAUAUGAUGCCUCUGCUCAGCGAAGUGUAUCAAGGAAAGAUUGGAAAUGAUAGUGCCAAAUUGGGUGAAUAUGGUGGUCAGACCAUGGAGGCACAGAUUGUGGCGGGUGGUAUUAAAAUUGCGGCCAUUGAUCAGCGCGACCUUGAAUACGAUCCUGCAUUGUACCAACGUGACCGUGGCGAACUCGAUUGGGAUCAACGUUCUAUUGCCACAACAGCGGCGUUCGAAAGCAGCUCAAAUCUUCAUGUUGCAAAUUCUCAGUACUACCCACACCCGGCGCAAGCAAUCAAUGGCUAUGAUAAGUACCUGGCUAUGGGACCUGGCUCUACAUCAACACACGAAAUCGAGCUUGCACCGAUGGAUUCCAUGGAAGAACCGCUUCUGAGCCCAGGAUCCCUCGCCAGUCACAAACAAGGAUUUGUCUCGCAGCAGUCCUUCAUGUCUUUGCCUCCGUCAGCCGCCCAAUCUCAAGCUACACUUAGGGAGGCCCCUCUGCACAGACCACAAGAUCGCGCCUAUUCGCCCAGUCCAGCUUAUAUGUCUACUGACAAUCUUGCUCAUGGUGUAUCGCCAAUCAGCCCUUAUCCCAACACUGCCGGGUCUGAUACAUCGCAUCAGUCUUACUUCAGUUCACAGCGGCAAUCCAGUGGUAAUAUACUUUCUGGGCAACAAAUUCGGACACCAUCCCCUGGUCCAAACGUCGCUAUGCAGUACCCUCCCCAGCAGCUGCAGCACGGUAGACAGUCAAGUGCUACUGUGCUUGCUGGCCAACAACCCCGAAAUGGGUCACCGACGCAAUAUCAGCGUUCCCAGUCGCCAGGACCUAAUCAAGCAUAUCCUCCACAGCAACACACGAGGCAAUCUAGUGGAAAUAUGUUAGCCGGCCGUGCAGCCUCUCCGGGCCCUUAUCAGGCUUAUAACCAACAACAGCAACAGCAACACGCACGACAGAUUAGCGGAAAUGUACUAGCCAAUGGUAGAUCAACGUCCCCUGGACCCUCUCAGGCUUACUCUGCGCAAUUACAGCAACAUGCUAGGCAAACGAGUGGAAACAUGCUGGCCGAUACCCGCUCUCGUUCACCUGGCCCUUACCAAUCAUACACCCCAACUCAACAACCGCAUUCAAGACAGAUGAGCGGAAAUCCAUUAGGCGAUUACCAACGUGCCCCGAGUACAUCACCCCAACAAGGAUAUUCUCAGCCACCUCCGGGACUUCAAGGAUCAGCACAUGCGCAAUACCAGCAGCAGCAACAGCAGUCGGGACAAACGCCUAACAACAAUAAUAUGGCGGGCCGCGGUGCGCAUCGCACACACCAGUAG